AUGAUGCAGAAAGUCAAUCCUCUCACUCCUUUGUUUCUUCUCACCUUCUUCUUGAACUUAGUUCCACAUCUCACUGUGGUUUUGGCCGGAGCCGGCGAGUCACCGGCGGGAGAGAAUCCAUUCACCCCAAAAGCUUAUCUGAUACGUUAUUGGAAAAAACAGAUCUCCAAUGAUUUACCUAAACCUUCGUUCCUUCUCAACAAGGCCUCCCCAUUAAGCGCUGUGGAAUGGGCGACUUAUACCAAACUCGCCGAUCAAAAUGCACUCUCAACCCACCUCCCAGCUUUCUGUUCCUCGGCUAAACUUGUCUGCUUCCCCGAUUUAUCGCCGAGUCUCGAAAAACACGACAAAAACGUCGACUUUACCAAAUACUUGGACCAGAACUUCACCAAUUACGGAGCGGAUCGACUCGGUGGGUUCGACUCAUUCAAGAACUACUCCGACGGCGAUAAUCUCCCAGUCGACACUUUCAGAAGAUACAGCCGUGAUUCGGUCGGCCAUGGCGAUAAAUUUGCCAAUUAUGCCCCUGAUGCCAAUGUAGUGGACCAGAGCUUCAACACGUACGGCACCACCGCCACAGGUGGCGCCGGCGAGUUCAAAAGAUACAACCAAUUCGUCAACAUCCCUGGUCUCCAGUUCACAUCGUACUCCGAUAACGUGAACGGCCGGUCACAAUCCUUCAGUUCAUACAGCGACGACGCUAAUGCCGGAAAUCAGGCCUUCACGAGCUAUGGAAAGAAUGGGAAUGGAGCAGAAAAUGAAUUCAAUAGCUAUGGUAACAACUCGAAUGUGAUUGGUUCGAGCUUCACAAACUAUGGUGAAACUGCGAAUGGGGCCAACGAUACCUUCACAAGAUACGGUUUCAAUGGCAAUGUUCCAGAAAACAACUUCAAAAACUAUGGCGAUGGUGGCAAUGCAGCUGUUGAUAGNAGCUUCACAAACUAUGGUGAAACUGCGAAUGGGGCCAACGAUACCUUCACAAGAUACAGUUUCAAUGGCAAUGUUCCAGAAAACAACUUCAAAAACUAUGGCGAUGGUGGCAAUGCAGCUGUUGAUAUUUUCUCAAGUUACAGAGAUCAAUCCAAUGUGGGUGAUGAUUCUUUUCAAUCUUACGCCAAGAAUUCCAAUGCAGCCCAGGUCAAUUUUGCAAAUUAUGGCCAGUCUGUCAAUGAAGGUACUGACAAGUUCAGUGGAUAUGGUGAUGAAGCUUCAAAUCAAGCCAUUGGGUUCAAAAUCUAUGGAGUCAAUAAUACUUUCACGGACUAUGCCAAAAGGGGUGUCACCUUCGCUAGUUAUAUCAAUGGAAGCACUGCAGAAUUGUCUGCAAUGGAGAACAGUGGCAAAAAGGUGAAUAGAUGGGUUGAGCCAGGUAAAUUUUUCAGGGAGAAGUUGCUCAAGACUGGGACCGUAAUGCCUAUGCCGGACAUUCAUGAUAAAAUGCCUAAAAGGUCGUUUUUGCCCCGGCUGAUUUCGUCGAAAUUACCGUUUUCUACAUCGAAGCUUGGUGAGUUGAAACAGAUUUUCCAUGCGAGUGAUGACUCGAGCAUGGCCCGUAUACUCGCUGACGCGCUGAGCGAGUGUGAGAGGGCGCCGAGCCCCGGCGAGACCAAGCGGUGCGUGGUCUCGGCGGAGGACAUGAUCGACUUCGCCACCUCCGUCUUGGGCAGAAACGUCGUCGUUCGGACGACCGAGAACACUAAAGGGUCAAAGCAAAACAUCAUGAUGGGAUCAGUCAAGAAGAUCAACCGUGGAAGAGUCACCAAAUCGGUGUCUUGUCACCAGAGCCUGUUCCCUUACCUACUGUAUUACUGCCACUCGGUUCCCAAGGUCCGGGUCUACGAAGCGGAUCUUUUGGAUCCGAAAACUAUGGACAAGAUCAACCAUGGUGUUGCCAUAUGUCACGUUGACACCUCAACUUGGAGCCCGGGUCAUGGAGCCUUCGUGGCAUUGGGUUCGGGUCCUGGGAAGAUUGAGGUGUGCCACUGGAUUUUUGAGAAUGAUAUGACUUGGGCUAUUGCUGAUUGA